AAAUAGAACUGGGGAGAGACAGACAGUGGGCGAUAGAGAGAGGGUGAGUCAAUAACAAAACCAGAUCAUUUUUUUCAGGGCCCCUGUCGGUCAAGAACACACCCUUAUACUGCUACUUUAAGACCUUUUCAGCCACGAGCGAAACGCUUUUUACAUGAGGGACAUGCAUCAUUGGAUAAGCUCUCUGAUAUCUAUAUGGUGCUGUGCAUUGCCUGCACUUUCUUCAUCUCUUUGCAAAUGUGAGGGGACCCUGCGCUAUGCCUCCUACUAUGGAGACCAUAUGGUGCUGCAGAAGGCUCCGGAGAGAGCCGUCGUGUGGGGCUUUGGACCUGAAGGAGUGCAGGUCAAUGUCACUCUGUUGGGGCCUUGGCCACAGAAUGCACCACCGGUGAAUGUCACAGAAGGCAAAUGGAAAGUGACCCUGGACCCUGUUGAGGCUGGAGGUCCUUACACGGUGAUCGCCUCCAUGGACCAACUCUCAGUCAACCUGACUGAUGUGCUUUUUGGAGAGGUGUGGCUCUGUUCAGGGCAAAGCAACAUGUGUUUCGAAACGGAGAAGGUUUUUAAUGCCGAAGCUGAGCUACAGCUCACCUCACAGUACCCCAGGGUUCGUGUGUUCAUGGCAGGAAUGCGACAGAGUGAUCAAGAGCUGGAUGAUCUGGCUGCAGUGCAACAGAUAUGGUCUGUGCCCACCAUAGAGUCUGUGAAGGGAUUUUCCGCCCUGUGCUGGAUGUUUGGACGGCUCCUGUAUGCCGACCUGAGUACGCCUGUAGGCCUGGUGCAGUCGUGUUGGGGGGGCACGGUGGUGGAGACCUGGUCCUCAACAAGAGCCCUGCAGCAGUGUGGCCUGGAGCAUGACAUCGUUCCAAGGCACGGAAGUGAGAAUAGAAAUUCUCAGCUGUGGAAUGCGAUGAUUCACCCAUUUCUUAAAAUGACUCUCAAAGGAGCAAUCUGGUAUCAAGGAGAGUCCAAUACCGUCGUCAAUAAGGAGGUGUACAAUUGUUCCUUCCCUGCCAUGAUCGAUGACUGGAGGUCAUCGUUCCAUGAGGCGUCAGGUGGACAAACAGCGUUAAACUUUCCCUUUGGUUUUGUUCAACUAGCUCCUGGCGUCUGUCGGGCUCUUGGCUUAAACUUUAAUAACUUUGCUAGCACCAUCCGGUGGCACCAGACAGCUGAUACUGGCACAGCUCCCAACCCAAGGAUGAAGGAAACUUUCAUGGCUGUGGCCAUGGAUCUUCCAGAUAACAGUUCACCCUACCAUCCCAUCCAUCCACGAGACAAGUUAACAGUGGCAAACAGACUGACUUUGGGGGCCAGGGCCGUAGCAUAUGGGGAGAAAGAUGUGCCCUUCCUUGGGCCAUACCCGCAAAAGAUUACCUUCAUUAAUAAUUCCCUCAUCAUCACCUAUGACCAAGCCAUCACUGUCCGGAAUGGAGGAGGCUUUGAGAUUUGUUGCCCAGAGGUGGAGGCCAAUUGCAGUCUUGAGUCUCCCUGGAAACCGGCUCCCAUGGUGAACUGGAGCUCCUACAGCGUGCAGGUGUCGAGCGCUGCGUGUCCGUCCAGCCAUGAGGUAGCUGCCGUCCGCUACGCAUGGAUGGACCGCCCUUGUAAUUACAAAGCCUGUCCGGUCUAUUGCUCCGCGGGGAGUCUACCGGCUCCUCCGUUCACUACCACAAACUCUGUACUCCUAGGAACGCAAGCUCCCAACUUCUGGGAUCGUAGCGGGGAAAUGUGAGAUAAACUGUGAAAUAUCAGGGAUAAACAACCGUAUAAUAAAGGCCUUGGCCAUGGAGCUUGUUGUGUUGAUGGCCCUCAAAUCCCCAUUUGGUUCUGUGGGAAGACACAUGGUCCUACAUCUCUGAUGAUCUAUAUACGUUUUAUGGUAAUUUCUUGAGACAACUUUUAACAUAACUGUAACUGAGGGGAUUUACUCAACAAAGACUGUAAUUAAACCAAUUUUAAUAAUG